AUGGGCGCAGCAGGGACGAAGGUCCUCUCAUGCCAACGAUCCUGCGAGACGACGUGCGUCGAACAUGCUGGGGUUGAUAUCUAUGCAAUGACGCAAUGUGCAGGCAUUGGAGGCCACCCAGACGGGGACUUGGCGGGCACGGAGGCCAUGAAUGUGCACAAGCUGCUAGUGGCAGCCAGAGAGGGCAGAGAGGAUGAGAUUGCCAAUAUCCUCUCAGAAGGCAUACCUAUUGAUAGGAGGCGACCCUUCUUCAUGAAGCGCGAGCAGGAGAUCAUCCCCAAAUCUACUUCGCAAGGGCUGCGGGAGCCCGGCAUGACGGCCUUAAUGUAUGCAGCGCAAUCGGGUUACCCAUCCUGCUGCGCACGGCUGCUAGUCGCAAAGGCCAACCCAAAUGCGGAGGAUGAGGAUGGCACCCGACCUCUUCAUUUCGCUGCGUCGUCUGGCAGACUCGAUGUUUGCAAAUUGCUCCUCGAGUACAAGGCUGAUGUGGCCGCUCUAACUGAUGAUGGCAAGACAGCUUUCGACUUCGUGCCUGACGACGCCAUGCCAACAGCGAGGCAGUACCAGAUCUGGGGCAGCAUUUUGCAGAAGAGCCAGGUGGCGCAGGUGGGAGAUGAAAAAGGACCUCUAACGCAGACUGAUGGCAGCGAUGCAAAGACCGAUUUUGAGCAGGAAGCUCACCCUGAUCCUGAUGCACUGAAAAACAGCUAG